UGCGCUCCUCUCUGGGCUCAGCUUUGUUCUCUAUCCUCUCCCUCCUCUCCUUUUCAUUCUUCCCCCAACCAAAACAGGCGCGGACAAGUAGCCGGAGCGAGAAGAAAGAAAGAAAGGGAGAUGGAGAUCUCGAUUUCUUUUUGAUCCGUUACGAGGUUUCUGUAAACACAGUAGACAAACAGGGGUUUCUGUAGAAGAAGAAAUGGAAUUGGCGGAUGAGUACCAGAAGCUCGUUAACAGAAUGAUGAACACUCCCAGGGUGGUGAUCGACAAUGCGGUGUGCGCGACGGCGACGGUGGUGAGGGUCAACAGCGCCCGGAAGCACGGCAUGCUGCUGGAGGCCGUGCAGGUGCUCACCGACCUCGGCCUCACCAUCCAGAAGGGCUAUAUCUCCUCCGACGGCCGCUGGUUCAUGGAUGUCUUCCACGUCGUCGACGGCCGCGGCCACAAGCUCCUGGACCCCACCCUCCUUUCUCGCAUCGAGCGAUCCCUCGGCGGCGAAGCGUGGUCAUCCUCCUCCGCUGAGGACGGCUCCAACAACCACGACGACGGUGAUGACGGCGGCCUGGCGGGUCUCACGGCGCUGGAGCUCACCGGCACCGACCGCCCGGGCCUCCUGUCCGAGGUCUUCGCCGUGCUCCGGGACCUGGAGUGCGACGUGGUAGAGGCCAAGGUGUGGACCCACAACGGCCGCAUCGCCUCCCUCAUCUUCGUCAAGGACCACGACUCGGGCUCCCUCAUCGCGGAUGCGCACCGCGUCCAUCGCAUCGAGGGCCGCCUCCGAAACGUCCUUAGCGGCGAUCACGACGUCCGCGGGGCCAAGACCACCGUGGCCUCCCCCACCAUGACCCACUCCGACCGCCGCCUCCACCAGCUCAUGUUCGCGGACCGUGAUUACGAGCGUGUCUCCUCUAACGAGGCUUCUUCGUCGUCGUCGAAGUUGUUGAUCUCUGUUCAGAAUUGGACCGAACGCGGGUACUCCGUGGUCAGCGUGCAGUGCCGCGACCGCCCGAAGCUCCUAUUCGACGUCGUGUGCACGCUUACCGACAUGGAGUACGUCGUCUUCCAUGGCACCUUUGGUACUGACGCCGACCGCGCCUAUCAGGAAUUCUACAUACGGCAUAUGGAUGGAAGUCCGAUCAGUUCGGAGGCAGAGCGGCAGCGAGUGAUCCAAUGCUUGCAAGCUGCAGUCGAGCGCAGGGCAUCUGAGGGAAUGAGGCUGGAGCUGAGCAUGCCGGACCGGAAGGGCUUGCUGGCGGACGUGACCCGGACGUUCCGCGAGAACGGCCUCUCAGUGACGAGGGCGGAGAUCACGACCAAGUCCGGGGAGGCCAAGAACGAGUUCUGCGUCGCCGACACGAACGGCCAGCCGCCGGACCGCCGCGCGAUUCAUGCCGUCAUCGAAUGGAUCGGAAAGGACCACCUCAAGUUGAACGAGCAACGCAUGGUUUGGUCCUUCCAGGACCCGUCGCCGGAGGAGGCGGCCGGCGUCUUCAGCCUGGGGAACCUGGUGAUGAGGAAUCUAUACUACCUAGGCCUCAUCAAAUCCUGUUCCUAGAAACCACCGAAUCAUCCGUUGGCUCAUUGAACCGUGCUCUAACUUCCCUUGGGUCCUUGCCUUUUACCAAGUCAUUCGAGUGAAAAGGUCUGGAAGCAGCAAGUGGUGAAAGCGAGAAUAUGGAAGCAUAUGACUCAUGCAAAAUGGGCAUCAGGGUCCCACGCGGUGGUUACAGCUGUGAACGUUAAGGUAAUUUGAAUAUAUCCAAAGUUAUAGGUUGGGUAGAUGAGAUAUCCGCAAAACAAAGCAUAUGGCUGCCAUUGUUAGGUAAAAGCGGUGGUUGCGCUGGUGCCAUUCCUGCCAGCUGUGGACUAAAAUGAUGGUGGGGGGGUGGUUUUCUAUUACUGUUCUUGCUCUUUUGUUACACAUGUACAUAUCCACACGACUUGUACACAUGCCCACGAACAUGCUGAUAUAGUAAAAGAAUCGCUACUUGUGUCUUC